CAUUUCAUUAGAAUAAUUAUUGACAAUGACUAUUCAACCAUUGAUGAUGCGUUGGCUUACGCUGACACUUGUAUUACUUUGUUGUAUUGCAGUUGAUAGCAUUUCUUUCAUCGAUCCAAAAGUUUUAGUGUUAGUGGACGACAAACAACUAUAUCAAAGUCACUCCUUUUUGUUUUCUACGUUGGAAGAAAAGGGUUAUCAACUGACUGUGAAAACAGCCCAAGAUCUCAAUUGGUCUUUAACUUCAGAAGAUGGAGAAUACCGCUUUUCUCAUCUAUUCCUUUUGUGUCCCAAGACUUUUGGUAUUAUGACGACAGGCCUUGAACGAGCAGAUAUAUUGGAUUUUGUGGAAGCUGGAGGAAACGUCAUAUUCUUUGCAAACACGGGUUAUGAAGAGCCUACUUCCAAAUUAUUUGAAAGUUUUGGUUGUGAGUUGGAUGAACCUCAAUCACUUGUAUUGGAUCAUAUUUACUAUUCUAGUGAUUGGGAUUCUCACUUUGGUGGAAAACAUUCUGCUGUAUUGGCUACUGGAAUUACCAAUUCUUCUGUAGUUUACGUGGACUCUGAAAACAAACCGAUUGUAUAUCAUGGAAUUGGUAUGGGAAUAUUUCCAAAGAGAGAACUAAUAUUUCCCAUCUUAUGGGGUUCAUCUUCUUCCUAUUCCUAUUUUCCAAAUACUCGAAUUACUGAUUUGCCUAUAGUUAGUGGUGAAGAAACGGUCAUGAUGGCUGCGUUGCAGUCAAGAAAUGGAGCUCGUGUCUUAUUAUCUGGCUCAACAGAUAUUUGUGCCAAUUCUUUACAAACAACAUUUUUAGGAAAUAAGCACUUUUGUUCUCAAAUAGUUAGUUGGACUUUAGGUGAACGAGGAAUGCUACGUACACAAAACUGGAGACAUCACAAAGUUGGACAAUUGCUUACAAAUCAUUCAUCCUAUCAUAUGUAUCGAGUUGAGGAUGAAAUAGAAUUUUUAGUGGAUAUUGAAGAAUGGAAUGGUAUAGAACAUCGUUGGAAACCAUUUCUAGGAAACGAUGUGCAAUUGGAGUUUAUCAUGUUGGAUCCUUAUAUUCGAAAGACUUUGACUUGUGUGGAUACAACAAAAGGCUCAUAUUAUACCCGCUUUAGAAUACCGGAUAGAAUAGGAGUUUACAAAUUUUCUAUUGAAUAUUAUCGUCGAGGAUAUUCACCUAUUCAAGUAUCUCAAGUUGUCUCGGUAAGACCUUUUCGACAUGAUGAAUAUGAAAGAUUUAUAUUACAAGCAUACCCUUAUUAUGCUGCAGCUUUUAGUAUGUUGUUUGGUGUGAUUAUUUUUGGUUUUGUAUUUCUACACGGAAAAGGAAUGUUAUCUAUAAAGCAUAAAUAAAAUAUUUUUCAACUUGGAAUAUCCAAUGGCUUUAUGGGCCAUGGGAAGAUUCUUAUGGAAUAAGCCAACAACCCACCGAGUAUUCUUAAAGUUAUGGAAAUCCACGAAUGUAGUUGCAGAAAA